GAGCUAUCCCUUCAGCACCACCCCGGGAAUUGGUCUGAUACUCGGGAGCUAUCCCUUCAGCACCACCCCGGGAAUUGGUCUGAUUGCCGGGACUCGGGAGCUAUCCCUUCAGCACCACCCCGGGAAUUGUUCCGAUUGCCCGGAGCUGUCCCUUCAGCACCACCCCGGGAAUUGUUCCGAUUGCCGGGAGCUGUCCCUUCAGCACCACCCCGGGAAUUGUUCCGAUUGCCGGGAGCUGUCCCUUCAGCACCACUCCGAGACCUUCCUUAGUCCCCAGACUCCGGGACAGACUCCGGGACAGAGUUUUUCCUUUAGCAGUGUCGGGUUCCUUAGCUGUCCUCAGAUGCAGGGGGGUAUCUGUCGGUUCAGCACAAGUAGAGCAGGGUUGGAGGCUGUACCACAAGAGCUGACCCUUCAGAGUAACUCUGGAUAUUUAGCUGAGCUCAGUGGCUGGAUAUGAGCUGUCCCUUCAGGACCACAUUGAUGGUGUCACCCCCAGCGAGGAGAAGACAAGCAGAAUCCAUGCAAGCAGCAUGUGGGAUCUAUUUCCAACCACAAGAGGAAUGUAAAGUUUGCUGACUUGUAUUGGCUGAUUAGAAAGUCUAGCUAUUUGGAAUCGCUUAUUCUUCUUCUUUCCAUACAAGACUCUCAAGCACCAGCCUGGGAAAUUAAACAGACUUUGUCAAGGUCAUGGGAAGUUUGGUUCAGGAUACAAUUUUGGAGAAUCUAAAUGUCUACUAAAACGCCAUCUUGAUUUGAUACAGAAACAUCCGAGACUAGGACUGUUGAAUUAUAUACCUGUGGUACCUGUUGAAAGUCUCCCAAGUCUCCCAGUCUACCAGUCUCCCAGUCUCCCAGUCUAAAGAAACAAGAGGUCCCAACUAUCAUGACCAAGUAUGAGGAUGUGUGACAGAGGUGUUCAGAUGCUCAUUACCACAGUGGGGGCCUUUGCAGCUUUCAGUCUGAUGACCAUUGCAGUGGGCACGGAUUACUGGCUUUAUUCUAGAGGGGUCUGCAAAGCUAAGUCCACUAAUGACAAUGAAACCAGCAAGAAGAACGAAGAGGUGAUGACCCAUUCAGGAUUAUGGAGGACCUGCUGCCUUGAAGGAGCCUUCCGAGGAAUGUGCAAGAAAAUUGACCAUUUUCCUGAGGAUGCCGAUUAUGAACAGGACACGGCGGAGUACUUACUGCGUGCUGUACGUGCUUCCAGUAUCUUCCCUAUCCUUAGUGUGGGUCUUCUCUUUUUUGGAGGACUGUGUGUGGCUGCCAGUGAGUUUUAUAAAAAUAAGCACAAUGUGAUCUUAAGUGCAGGAAUCUUCUUCGUCUCAGCAGGGCUAAGCAACAUCAUUGGAAUAAUUGUCUACAUUUCAGCCAACGCUGGUGACCCCGGUCAAAGCGACUCCAAGAAAAGCAACUAUUCCUACGGCUGGUCCUUUUAUUUUGGAGCACUUUCCUUUAUUAUUGCAGAGAUGGUUGGCGUGCUAGCAGUACAUAUGUUCAUUGAAAAGCAUCGGCAAAUAAGAGCCAAAUCCCACUCUGACCUCUUCAAGAAAUCUGCCUUCACCCGAAUACCCAGCUACCGAUAUCGCUUCCGCCGGCGCUCCAGCUCUCGUUCCACUGAGCCCCGUUCUAGGGACCCUUCCCCCGUUGGCAAAAGUUUCAAUCCCACCAGUGACAUUUCCCUCUAUACAUUGACAGCCCGGGAUCCCACCAAGAUGACUGUUGGUACGUUACUAAACUCUGAAAGGGAGCACAACUUUCUCCAAGUUCACAACUCAAUUCCUAAAGACUACAAAGAGUCUCUACAUAACAAUCCUUCCAACAGGCGCACAACACCAGUCUGAGGCUUGUGACCAAAAGAAUUAUGGGGCCUGCAGCACAGUUAAACAUGGAGUGUAUCUCAGAAAAACACAGAGGUGCUCUAACACACAACCUAAUAAUAGAACCACAAACCAUGGAGAGGCAAGAUGUAUAAAAGCACACAAAUCACAUGACUUCCAGUUCGGAACAAUGCCAAAAUCGGCACGCGAUUCUGGCUUGAUGACUUGUAACGAAACAUUCCAAAAGCAACCUUUAGAAAGAUGGAGAUUGUAUAUGUUAUUUAAGUGAUUGUUAUUUUAGGAUGAAAUAGAAAGCCUUUUCUAGGUACGUCUUGAAGGUGCACUGAAGUACUAGGAGGCAUAUAAUCUUAAGGGUGGUUAGGCUGUAUACUCUUUAGAAUUGUUAAGUGCAGUUUAGCACAGGCAUCGUAGCUUUGACAACCAUUCCAACCAAGCAGUAAAUGCAAUACAAAUCUGGGUAUUUUUCUGUGAAGUUCUGAAAAAAAUCUUAUUAGAUUAGCACAAAAUAACAAAUUUCAAUACAGUAUAAACCAAAUAUAUAUAUUUUUUCCGAAAGUUGGUUAUAAUUAAGCUAAUGAUUGUACAGCUAAAUACAGCCCUUAAUAUUCUAGAUGACUUUAUUGAGAACUGGGUAAAGAUUAAGAAUUUUGCAGAAGUGGAAGUAUAUGCAAAGAUUAUGUUGAUUUGGGGGAUUAAUUAACACAGUCAAGAUUCGCUUAUGGUAAGUCUGACGACUUGUGCUAUUAACAUUCAUAUUUCUUUUAUUUUUAAAAACAACAACUGUAGGACGAAACUUGUGUGCUCGGAAUAUUAAUACCAGGUGCUCUCCCCCACGCAAGUUUGGAGAGGAAUUUAAAGUGCUGUUUUGACAGGUGUGGAGGAGGUGACAAGUACACUGUAUUCAUGAAGACUGUCUCAGCCAAUCAGAGAACGCAGAACAAACGGCUCUGUUUAACUUUUUUCCGAAGGUCGGCAGAAUGAUGCAUUUUGGUUGGAUAGCACAAUCAUUCUUUUUAACAACAGCAAAACCAAGACUGCCAGAAGAGGGACGAAGUCUGUUCCUCAGUUAUUAGUUUAAAAAAAAAGAACAAUAUAGUUAGUACAUUUUAAAUAAUUAGAUAAGAAUUUAUUGACAUUGAGCUGCUUGUGUACGGAUGAGCAAUGGUUAAUCCAAGACUGUUCAGUUGCAAAAUAAGCUUCCAUUAAAAUUCAAGGGGUGCGAUUCAGAUUUCAGGAGAAGAUUUAAAAGGAUGAAGCAGAUCCCUACUGGAAUAUUGGACUGAACGCUGAACUGGGAGAAAAUCAUUCAAAACAACAAGCUAAUAUUUUUUUGGUUAAAUAACUAAUUAUAUUAAAUAAUAGCAACCA